GCAAGGACACACAGGGCUGGAAUGACAUUUGUGUAAGUUAGCAAAGUAAUGCUUACUAGCUUGUUACUGGCGUUAACCUAUCUGUGACUACUGUACAACACAUGACCUGGAGAACCACAACGUCUAGACUGACUUCAGCGGGUUUUCGUCAGCGAAAGGUUUGUUGAGAUAAAGGGCCUGCAGCUGUAGCUGGGAAUCAUCCAGAAUCAAACUGUCCUGAGGAUACCUUCUGUGUGUCUUUGCGACCUCCUCCGUACUUUUGGUGAUGGUCAGUUGGUGACUGGGGUUGCCCCCGCCCCUUUGGUGAAUGGCUGUGAGCAGAGGGGGCGUUGCCUUCUGGGUGGGUUGUGUCCGCAGCCAUGGCAGAAGGCAACCCAUCAAAAAACAGGCGGUUUACUGGCAGUGGAUCCAUCAAACACGCCCCCUGAGCAGUGCAUCAUGGGCCCUGGUGCCCCCCAACAGCCUGAGAUAUCAGAACAUUAAGCAGCCGGUGCUGUCCCACCCGUUUCACCAUGCCAGCCAGCCUCAGAGAGGAGGUUACUACGAGGGGGACUGGGAGGAGUCACUCAGUGUGUGUGUGCUUGUGCGACAGGGUGAUUCGGACGGCCUCCACACCCUGCUGGAAAUCCCUCUGUCCGGUCACAAUAAAGUAGGAGAACUCCUUGGUCUGGGAGCUCACAAGUCCUCUGAGUUCUCCUUCCCAUUCACCACGGUGGAUGGCAGCAGAGAGGAUGACAUCAGCUUUGACAGCUUCAAGAGAAACAGUGGCGAGGCUGUAAAGAGACAACAUGGCUGUUUCAGAAGCCUCUUUGAAGCAGAGAGGUGUCCUGCACCGUUCAUUUAUGGCUCUCAGUUUUAUUGUUUUCAUUGCCCGGGCACAGAGCCGAUACCUGACAGUAGGCUGAAAUCUAGGUGGGACAUUGGACUUGACGGCAAGCCUGUGGAGCUGCCUCUGGUGCCUCCUACCUCUCUUUGUAGCCAUGCUGAGAGAGCAGAGGAAGAGCAUACUGACGGAGACAGUGAAGGGGAGGAGAAACUGGCCAUGAUCUAUGAAAGACUGAGGAUAGAGCUUCCAGAUUUCUUUGUGAAGAACCAUGAUUACACCAUGUACUCGUACGAUAUGGAAUUCAUCAACGGCCUCAUCAACACCAAGACCAGAGGCCGUGUGCUGUACCAGCUCACCCUCUCCCUGUGGCGUUUCCUGUGUCUGUGUUACUAUGCCGAGGCUCGGCUGGAGGUGCUGAAGCUCACCAAGCACAUGGAGGACAAGACCAUUAAAGCACGCUGGAGGAUCAAGGGCCUUCCCCUCCACACUCUGCUGCUGCGCUUCUAUCGGAAAGACAAAUCUCACCUAUACAGGUCAUAUGAUGCGUUCUCCACUUUUUACAUUGGAAGGGAUGGACUCAUUCACUGUCAUAAAGUUGAGAAGAUGAUGCCAGCUCAGCCCCCUGUCCUGCCCAGAGUAACUUCUCUCCUGGCAGGGGCUUUGGUGGCACUUGGGGUGCAGGAGCAUCGACCUGCCCUAAACCUGCUGCCCCUCCUCCUGUCCUCCCUUCGACAGAGCAGAAACUGACCACAGGACAAUGAUUAGAGGAGUAACGGCCAUUGGAAACGGUGUGUCCAAGGUCCAUGUGACUGAAAAGAUUCACCCACAAGGUCCAUGUGACUGAAAAGAUUCACCCAUUAUCAGCAUAGGAACACAUUGACAUGAGUUUAGCUCUCUGUCCUAGAAUCUCUUAAUGUUGCCCCUGAAUUAAAUACAGAGUCAAGCCUUCCCACUGCUUUUCCUUUUUUCUAAUUUUAGUUUAGUUGUUUGAAGUAGUGAAAGUGGUUCGUGUCAACACAGAGCUGGGUUUUUCUGGUCCAGGUAGGCGUCCCAUGUGAGUCAGCCGCCAGCUGUGGUAGCACAGCCUUACAGCCUUUUUUGUUUGUAUGUCUGUGUUGUAUUUUUCAAAUUUGAAAACAAAUUGCUAACGAAAGACCAGCCGUUUAAAACUCUAAAGAAAAAAAAAUUCUCAAUGUCAGACGCAGCAGUUUAAAAUUAGCGAAUGUAAAACCUCGGGCUUUCUCAUUUUUAAUCUGAAUACGAUUAUUAAACUGAUCAACAACACAGAUGUUGGCUACCAGCAAAACAUGAUGACAGAACUCUCAAACAUGGAGGUCUUUAACAGAAACAACAAAAUAUGUCAUGCAAGGCUAACGUCUGCUGCAGACACACAUUUCAGGUGGUGCUGCUACAUGAAGCUUGCUGCCAAACAAGCAGCUACCAAUUAAUUCAUCGUCCUCAUGGGUUCAUAAACAUGAUUUGCUUUCUGUUGUCAGGUGAGAAGAUGGAUGUCAAUCUUGUUUAUUGUCAUUAUUGUGUCAGUUCUGACUAUGGGUCAAGCUAACUUUGCACCCACCAGAGAUUUGGGAUGCCUGGAUCUGGCAAGAAACACACGUUAGGGCGAGGAGUGAAAGCCACCAUGUGCUCCUGUGCUUGUGUAUAGAUGACAUGGGUUUUGGUCUUGAUGUCUGAUGGCACCGUAUCUGGCAACCCCACUAUGACGACAAGACUCCAGGAAGCUGCACACAGUUACUUCACCCACCUGUUGUACAUCAAUCCAGCACAGAACUCCUCCUAAAACCUUUUCUGUUUACGAGAUCCGUCAUAUUAAUCAGAGAGCUUUAGGUAUGGUAGAUGUACUUUUAACUUGGAACAGAGCCAGGCUAGCUGCUUUCCCCUGCUUCCAGUCUUUAUGCUAAGCUAGGCUAACCCCAUCCUGAGUCCAGCUCACACAGACAUGAUAUCCAUCUUUUCAUCUUACUCUCAGAGUGAGAAGUGCAUUUCCCAACAUGCUGAACUACUCCUGUAAAUAUCCCACCUCGGCAUGCAGUGGCUGGAUGUGGAUCAGUGUUUUCCAGCCGAGCCUGGUCCCAGGGGGGCUGGACUGUUUGUUACACAGCAGACCGUUUCCAAGAUCAUGUCAUUAUUUGUGUUACUGAACAACAAGGCCUGAUUUCUCAGUAUGUUACGAGCCUGUUUGAAGUGGAAUGAGAGCCAAACUUGCCAAAGUUUGACUCGAGGUUUUUGAUCAUUGGUAGCGGAUAUGCCUGUCUGGCUCCCCCCAUGCAGUAGCCCCGUCAUAUGUAGAAUAUAGAACAGUUAAAUUAAGGAUUACGCACAGACUGGUGUGACGUGGGCCUCUCAGCACUGCUACUGUUGACCAGACAAAGUAUUGGUUAAAUCUACGGGGCCCAUUUGUGUAAACCACUGCUGCUUCCACAGGUGGUGUGGAUGACUGCAGCCUUGUGUCUCUGGUUCAGUUCAGUUCACUAAAAACAGACGUUCAGAGGAUCUUUCCCUGAAGGGAAUGGAGUUGUUGCAUUUGGUUGUUCACAUGAAAAGUAACAAAAUGUGUUGAAUGAACAAAAAAUAGGAUAAGAGAGUUCAAGUUCAAACCUUGCUCAGCCUCUUCAAAUGAAGAGCACGUCAGGUGGUCGACACAGCCCAACAACCAGACCAAUAAGAUCGUCUGUCAAGAAAACCCAAGCUUUGUAAUCUGUGGUCAGAUAAUGUGCUAAAUUGUAUUUCCACCAGUCUAAUCAAAUGAACAGUAUGUAUGAUCGGGAUGUUGACUACAGUUUAUUACUAAAAAACAACAGGAAGACAUGGAUCAAAGUGCCUGAAGAGGAGCUGCACCCAUAGUCGGGUUAUUGGUUAGUUACUUUUAGAUAAAAAGCAAAGAACAUGCUGUUAGUAGUUGAUGUUGAACAGCAUCACACUGAGACACAAAAGUCAAACAAUCUCACUGCUAGUGACUCGAGGACCACUUAAUGCACCCUCACUUCUUUGUUGUUAAUUUUAGUCAAAUAGAAUAGUCAGUAGCAGGGAAGUUCUAAGAAAUGCAGUAACUUUAGAGCUUCAAGGAUGAAGCUGAUGUUUUUCUAUAUUUUCCUUAGCAACAAAUCCCAUGUGCACACCAAACCUAAACAAGGUGUUAGUGAGUCUUCAGUCCCUCUCAGCCUCAAGCCCUUUGGUCCAUACAGACAGAAACACCUCAUGAACAGAGUUUCAUUUAGUUCUGCCCACUCUAGUUUUUAAAUAAGUGUCACUCAGACUGGAGGAGAAAGGUGUGUUUUGUUGGGGACCAUUUUCAGCAUUGGAUUAAUUCACAGAGAGUAUUUGGGCCAGCAGGACAGUCUAUCGGAUCAAGUAAAAAAUAAGUGUGUGUGUGUGUGUUUUCAUGUAAUGAUGCAGCAGUGUGGCUCAUUGAGUUUUGGACAACAUUGGAGCUCUAUGGCACAGAGUAGGAAGACAUAUGAGUCUUUGAUACACACACAGUACUUGUUAGUAGAUACUUUGAUCGUGGGUUUGGCUCUGCAUGUGGGAUUCAUUGACAAAAUGAAAAAUAUGGAGACUUUGCCGGACUUACUCUUUAACCACCCACAGUUUUACCAACAGAUUGCCAGCAGUAGACCUUUCACACACUGCUAGCUCGUACUGAGAAGUUACAUGAUUAUUAACAUGUAACACAUCAGUAGGUUAGACUGUAGUCCUUUCAGGCCUGUUGUUAAAACAAUUCAUGUACAAAUCACAGCAGAGUAUACAACUAAAACCUUAACAAUACAGAGUCCUCAAGAAUAUUGCAUAUACUUGGUGGUCAUGUUAGUGGAAAUAAUCUGGGUCAGCAUAUUAGCAGGGUCAUGAUGGAGCAUAAGUUGUGACUUCCCAUGCUUCUGAGCUUGUCGUGAGAAAUCUGGGAAAAUUUAGUUUGAAGCAUAACAAGUGGUGCGAGCCAGCUGUCACUCUCCUGUUUCACGACAAAGAUUGGGGCACAUGUGUAAGGUGAUAUGCCUGACAGGUUAGAUGCCAUUUCAUAAUCAAUCAAUAAAAAGACAACCACAAAGAAACAGCUAUAUUCAAGCUUUGCAGAUUCGUAUGUAGACACCAGACUAGAAGUCCAUCAGUCAGCCAGCCAGAGCAGGAGCUCAGUGGCUGUGAAGUGCUUUUAAAAAAAGCUAAAGCAUUAUUGUAUCACCAACAAAAGCUUGACACUGGCUGCUGAGCUCUGUGGGAAAUAACGAUCAGACACUCGCUGACUGAGUUACUCAACAUAAAUAUGUGGUUAUAGACUAUACAGUGUGCUGAAUACCUCCAACUGUCUGUUGGAAAAGACCUGACCUGUACAAAAUCUGACUGUCAUUAAUGCUAAAUGCAAAGGAAUCUCUGUAUAGGAGAAGAUUCUAUUGAACAUUGAAUUUGGUUGUGAAGUCGUACCUACAUUUUUAGCUGUACAUACUCAGGCUGUGUGCUCAAGCAAAAGCUAUGACUCCACUGUAAAGUUUGACGCUGCUCGAUAAUAUUUAGUGCUUCUGAAAAGCAGAGCAAUAAAGCAUGCUGAGCAUCAGGUUCUGUGUUGCUUAAUUUCCACAUGUACUGCUGCAAUAACUCCACUGUGUGAAUCCUGGUUGUGUGAAUAAAAUAAACUUAUG